AUGAAGUUCUUGGCCGCCGUCAGUAUCAUCGCCCUGCUCACCAGCUCUACCUUAGCCCGUCCCGGUAGUAAUCUCAGCCAGCGUAUUGCCUCCCGCCGCGCCAAUGGUCGCAAAUCUCAGCCCAAAAUCAAAAGCCAGUCUUCAAUCGUCGAGACUAAUUCUACCUUCCAUGAAGAAUAUAGCGAGAACUGGGCUGGGGUAUUUUUUGAGUCGCCUCCCUCCGGUGAAACCUACAGCACGGUCACUGGCACGUUCACCGUUCCCUCAAUAUCAGGAAACGGUGCAGCUUCUGCUUGGGUCGGCAUUGACGGUGUUACGUACACCGAUGCCAUUCUGCAGGCUGGUCUCGAUUUCACCAUUUCGGAUGGCACUAUUUCCUAUGAUGCAUGGUAUGAGUGGUAUCCAGACGCAGCUUUCGAUAUUUCCGGCUUUGACAUAUCUGAGGGAGACUCGAUCACCGUUACCGUCGAUGCUACCAGUGGCACUGAGGGAACUAUUACCCUCGAAAACACUUCCACCGGCCAAUCUGUUACCCAGACCGUCAAUGCACCAGAUUCGUCCGCCACACUAGGGGGACAGAACGUCGAGUGGAUCGUCGAAGACUUCGAGGAGAAUGGUUCGCUUGUCACUCUGUGCGACUUUGGAACGAUCACAUUCACAGAUGCAUCUGCAUCGGCCGGCAGUUCGACAGUAGACCUUACUGACGGUGACAUUGUGGACAUUAGCCAGGAUAAUCAGGUACUCACAGCUACUACUGUCGGUAGCUCCACCUCCAUCACUGUCACGUACCAGUAA